CAUGGCAAUAGUUUUUAUUGCCACACUUAUUUUCUGAUAGAAACAGAAGGGGAGUAGAUUCCCAUUACUUACGGAAAGAACCCUGUCUAUCUGAUUUGCCUGGGGGUCUUUUCCAUACAAUAAGUGCUUGUUACCCAGUAGGACCUUGGAGUACACACAUGUUCUGAAGCAAGGAGGCUAACCUUUUUUUACCUCCUUGGCUUAAAGUCUGGGCGGCCAAAACUGCCUGAAACAAAGGAGAUUUCGAGGUACUUUCAUAGCUUGAAGAAUCGAACCGUGGUGCCAGUCUUCAUUGUGACGUCACUUCCGUUCAACAGGUGAGCAAACCUGACUUGCCCACCGGAAACAGUCCCUCCCUCUGAGCGGAAAUGAAACGGACGUCCUUAAUACCAUCUUCGGGGGAAGACACUGUCUGCAGUGUCCCGGUCUCGACUGUGUCCUAUUCCCUGUAGUCGGUUGUACGGUAUGAUUUACACGUCAGUCCCCAGUAGACUGCACGAACAGGUGGCUAAAUCUGACUCACGUCAUUUCAAAGGGGGUUGAACUAUACAAUAUACCAUGCACGAGCAGACCAUCAUUGGUUGUCCUAUGAUCUGGAAAGGUGUCUCUCGAGUUAUUUCAGUCAUUAGGAGACGGGUACGUACGGGCCAUGUGUAUUAAACAUGUCCCCCUCACCAGAGGAUCCGUUGAAACAACUUGACACGUGAACAUUAGCCAGUACGUUUCGUAAUGUGACAAAUCAUGGAUUUUAUUGUACUUCACGUAUGAAUGGCCAUAUGCAAAGAAAGAUCGCUAAUGUAGGUUAUAAAGCAAGACCGGUCCAAACAGCGUUCAACCUAUUGAAAGUCCUUGGUCUUCAUGCAGAAUAUCUGACCCGCACCUUUAUGGAUGUUCAACUACAAUGAAUAAACACAAUACUAUUAGUUUAUACCACAAACAUGUGCGUCUAACAAAGCUAUGUUUGUCAACUUUCUAGAUAUCAAAAGGAAGCCCCUUAUAGACGAUUUCCGGUAUAUAGCUUACGUUCAUCUAUUCCAUUUAAGGGUUGGUGCGUUUCCAUGUGUCCUGAAUAUGUCUUCUGCCCAACAAUAGCAUGACUCAGACAGGUCCAGUCGGCCGUGUCGCACGGUAGCGGAAGUUUCCACACUCAGUACGGUGUAUAUAGGAGUAACACGGCAGGUAACGUUACUUGGUAUCAUUAACACUGCCCGGAUCGCGUCACCUGCUACAAACAUGCCACAAGUCGGGACAUCAUUCACCUCGAUGAACUACGCCAGACGAGUUUUUAUUCAUGAGGAGGUGUCUCGUGUCCUGUCCGCUCACCCCGGACUCCGAGCCGUCCCAGAGUCUGUCCCAGGUAAACACUCUAGACACAGAAGACGUAAAGUUGUCAUCAGUCUUGAAGGACACAUACCGACAAUGCAAGGAGGUCUGGUGUGUGACGUCCCUGUGCUGGUUCGGCUCGCCCCGGACCAUCCCGAAUCUGCGCCCGAGUGUUUUGUGGAGGGACGGAGCUGUGACGAGCUAGAGAGGGUGCACAUUCCUUAUCUCACCAACUGGCAACAUAAACCCUCCUGCGCUAGAACACUUAGCGUGGGCCACUUGCGCAUGCGCUCAAUGGUUCUGCAGAUUUAG